AUGGACGACCUCGAACAGCUGGAGAUCCUCUCGCUGGUGAGUAAAAUCACCAGCGAGAUCAACAACCACAUGGGCGUAUCCGACAAGACCAUAUCCGAAUAUGUCAUGGCCGAGCAUGGCAAAUGCGCUGAUCAAGCCGCGUUUCGUGAGAAAGUGGCCGAGUUCGAUUUUCCCGAGUCGCUCGCCGAUAGCAUUGAUCGCUUAAUACGGACAAUGCAUCCAAGGCAUAAGUCGACGAUGGAGGUCUCCAAGCAGAAUGGGUCGAAAAGUGAAAAGAAGGAAACACAGAUAUUCAAGGGCUUGGCCAUUGCGGAUACGGAGCCUGUGGUUGACGACUUUGACGAUACUUUUGCUGCAUUGGAGAAUCUGGCUGGACCUCCGAAGACUACCACGGGUGGUGGGCGGAAACGCAGUGUCUCUCCAGCGCGAUACGAGGACACGAAGCCUACGAAGCGCCACAGACGGUCACGCUCGCCACGCUCGCGAGACCGGAAGCGCAACGACGAAUACCUGUUCGAGGACGAAUUCGGGCGGACUCGUGCGCAUCGGCCAGACCGCGAUGAGAGGGACAGCAAGAGACGCAGCAGACGGGAUUCUCGGGAGAGAAGUGGAUGGAAAGAGCCCGAAUUAGACGACGAGCCGGUGCUGUUCAAGGUGUAUGACGGAAAGGUUACAGGUGUCAAAGACUUUGGCGUUUUUGUGAAUCUCUUUGGCGUUAAGGGAAAAGUCGAUGGACUUGUGCACGUCUCCGCCAUGUCCGAUCAGAAGGUUAAUCAUCCCAGUGAUCUGGUGGAGCGCAACCAGGAGGUAAAAGUCAAGGUCAUGAAAGUACAGGACAAGCGCAUAAGCCUCAGUAUGGCCGAGGUGGAUCAAGAGACAGGAGAGGACCUUGUACCCGGUAGGAAAGUGCAGACUGGUGCAACAGGAGCGAAUUCGAUGGGUCUCGGAGGCGCGACAGACUUUGAAAGUUUGAAGCCCGCAGUGCCAGUGAUCGAAAGCGGUGCGGCUGCUAGACGGCAGCGAAAACGGAUGACGAGUCCCGAGAGAUGGGAAAUACGGCAACUGAUCGCGUCUGGUGUUUUCAAGGCCAGUGAUUAUCCAGAUAUAGAUGAGGACUACAACGCGGCGAUCAACGGUGAACAGAUUGAGGAGGAAGAAGACGUCGAUAUUGAGGUUCGAGAAGAUGAGCCUCCUUUCUUGGCUGGGCAGACGAAGCAGUCUCUGGAAUUAUCGCCGAUCCGCGUCAUCAAAGCUCCUGAUGGCAGCAUGAACCGAGCAGCAAUGCAAGGGGAUGUGUUGGCUAAGGAGAGGCGAGACAUGAGACAGCAGGAAGCUCAAGAUAAAGCAAAGGCGGAGGCAGCGAAGACGGACCUCAACCAAGAGUGGAAUGAUCCCAUGGUCGCACCAGGAGAGAGACGCUUCGCCAGUGACUUGCGUCAAACAAAGACCAGCAACGGCGAGGUCCCUGAAUGGAAGAAGCUGGCUACUGGGCGGGGUGCCGAAAUGGGCAAGAGAACAAACAUGUCGAUCAAGGAUCAGAGAGAAUCGCUGCCUGCGUACAAAAUGCGCAAGCAGUUUCUAGAAGCAGUCCGACAGUACCAAUUAAUGAUUGUCGUUGGAGACACAGGAUCUGGCAAGACUACACAGCUUACACAGUAUCUGGCAGAAGACGGUCUGGCGAACCACGGCAUGAUCGGCUGCACGCAACCUCGACGUGUAGCAGCCAUGUCUGUCGCGGCAAGAGUCGCAGAUGAAGUGGGCUGUAGACUCGGCGAGGAAGUGGGCUAUACGAUCCGUUUCGAAGACAAGACUAAUGAGAAGACGAAGAUCAAGUACAUGACUGACGGUAUCAUGCAACGUGAAAUUUUACUGGAUCCAGAGCUCAGCAAGUAUAGUGUUAUCAUGCUUGACGAGGCUCACGAGCGUACCAUUGCUACCGAUGUGCUGUUUGGAUUGCUGAAAAAGACGCUGAAGAAGCGGCCGGACAUGAAGCUCAUCGUCACCUCCGCAACCCUGGAUGCCGAGAAGUUCUCCACAUACUUCAACGAGUGCCCAAUUUUGACCAUUCCAGGCAGGACAUUCCCUGUCGAGAUCAUGUACAGCAGAGAGCCAGAGAGUGACUACCUCGAUUCUGCCUUGACGACAGUUAUGCAGAUCCAUCUUACCGAGAAGCCUGGUGACAUACUUCUCUUCUUGACAGGUAAAGAGGAAAUUGACACAAGUUGUGAGAUUUUGUUCGAGCGAAUGAAGGCACUAGGACCAUCAGUGCCGGAGCUGCUUAUCCUACCAAUAUACGGCGCACUGCCAACGGAAAUUGCCUCGAAAAUCUUCGAACCGCCUCCUCCCGGCGGAAGGAAAGUCGUCAUCGCAACGAACAUCGCCGAGACCAGCAUCACAAUCGAUGGGAUCUACUUCGUCAUCGAUCCCGGCUUCGUAAAGCAGACCGCUUACGAUGCCAAACUUGGCAUGGACCGACUCCAAGUCACACCUAUCUCUCAAGCACAAGCAAAACAGCGUGCCGGUCGUGCUGGUCGUACAGGCCCCGGCAAAUGCUUUCGCUUAUACACAGAAUCGGCCUUUCAAUCAGAGAUGCUGCCUACUACAAUCCCCGAGAUUCAAAGACAAAAUCUCUCCAAUACCAUCCUCAUGCUCAAAGCGAUGGGCAUCAACGAUCUCCUGGGAUUUGAUUUCAUGGACCCACCGCCUACGAACACCAUGCUCACGGCUCUUGAAGAACUAUACGCCCUUGGUGCCCUGGACGACGAAGGUCUCCUUACUCGACUUGGAAGACGAAUGGCAGAUUUCCCCAUGGAUCCCGCUCUAGGCAAGGCCCUCAUCACAUCCGUGGACCUGGGCUGUUCCGAAGAAAUGCUUUCAAUUGUAGCCUUGAUCUCUGCGGUCCAGACUGUUUUCCAUCGACCGAAGGAAAAGCAACAACAAGCCGACGCGAAAAAGGCCCGUUUCCACGAUCCCGCGGGCGACCACCUCACUCUACUCAACGUGUACAACGGUUGGAAGGCUUCCGGAAAGAGUGACCCUUGGUGUUUCGAAAAUUUUAUACAGCCUCGAAACAUCAAAAGAGCGGAAGAUGUUCGAAAGCAGUUGAUACAAAUUCUGGAUCGGCAUCGGCUGAAGAUUAUCUCCUGUGGUCGCGAUACUAUGAGGGUGAGACAAGCUCUUUGCGCUGGCUUCUUCCGGAAUUCUGCACGCAAAGAUCCCACAGAGGGAUAUAAGACUUUGGUGGAAGGCACUCCCGUCUAUAUGCACCCUGCUUCUGCGCUGUUUGGAAAACAUGCGGAGCACGUGAUCUACCAUUCCUUGGUGGAGACCACGAGAGAAUACAUGCAUAAUGUCACGGCCAUCGAACCGAAGUGGCUUGUAGAGGCCGCGCCGACAUUUUUCAGGGUAGCUGGCAAAGACAGAGGAGGUUUGUCUAAGCGUCAACGGGCAGAAAGGAUACAGCCGCUGCAUAACAAGUUUGCUGGAGAAAAUGACUGGAGGCUCAGUAGCCAGAGGAAACAGGGCAGGGGAGGUGGAGAUCCAUGCAAGGGCGGGACGUGCCGCAUGCGAAAGUCCAACCUGUUUCCUCGAAUGAUUAUUCUUUGCGCCAACGACUACAACAACAACAAUCACGAUAUCAGGGCCAUGGCGGACGCACAAUUGUACGAAGAGACCUUUCAAGUCACCACCCUCAUCGACCAAACAUACGAUCGCGUACACCGCGUCCUCGGCACUUCACACGAUUCCACCACGUCCAUCACUCUCGACAUCAACAGCGAACUGUACCCGAUCGGCAAUGGCGAGUCCUUCAACAUGCUCAUCGCAAGUACCCUGAAUCUUGAUGGUACCAAGGACGAAGCUCAAGGCUGGAGGCCGAAGAAUGAUGCGCCGAGUCUGGCAGAUAUGUGGGACUAUGUUUGUUACGGAAAAGUGUACAAGGUGGAAGAUCCGGAAGAUGGGGAUCGGAUUAAGGUGUAUAUCUCGUUUGGCGGGCUGCUCAUGUGUUUGGAUGGGCCGUACAAGAAACUCAGCCCAUUGAAGAUUGAAAAUGAAGAGAGCACAUCAUCCGAGGUAGCAGGUGCGAUGCAAGGGUCGCAUCGCCAGCGACCAGUGUUGAACACCGAUGGAAGAGGAUGGUCCGCCAGGCGUUCACGCUCGAAGAGCGCCGGCGUGCGCAAUGCUUGGGCGCUUCUCUCGCUUGCACGGCCGACAAAGUGCGAGAUGCGACAUGGGUCCGUCGCAAGCACAGGACACACUAUGCUGGACGAUGGUCGAACGCAUCUGCCCUGA